ACGUCGGCCGUCAUGGCCACAGCAACAGCAACAGCGAUGGCUGCGCUGACGUUUGGACGUGUGGCUGAUGCAGCCCAGGCGCUGCCUCAGCCAUGGUUCGCCCCAAUGCGCUUUCUCCGCCCCGCCUCCUCCAGGCCCAGCACUCACAUGUACAUACUCCACGCCCUAAUCACUCGACUGCUUUUUCGCGUUUCACCAUCCACACCAUAUGGCCCUCUUACUCCCUCUCCCGCCCACCAAAUACGACACUCGAACCCUGCGCUUGCUGACAUGUCGUCAACUCGCUCUUCGUC